CAGUCCCAAGUCUGCUGAGUUUUCUAUAGACAAAAAAAAAAGAACCUUUCUUUCCUCUGGACACGAUAAAGAGUAAACCGAGCGAUUAUGAUUCACGCUGCUUUCAAAUGUGCAAGAGCAGCAGCUGCCGCAACGAUUCGUGGCCGCGCGAUCCCCGUUAGAAGCAGCCUCGUCAGAUACUCGAAGCCGCUGAGAUCGAUUCACGGUGAAAUCAGCGUUCCAAACGCGAAUCAUGUCGCGAUUCAGAUGGUCAAUUACGCUCUUUCUCACGCUAGGUCUCAAAGUUCAGAUGAAUCUUAUGCUCAAGGGAUGUUAGUGCUUGAGCAGUGCCUUGGGAAUCAAGCUGACGAUGACCAGGUCUCUCAGGACUCUAAAGCAACAGUCUUGCUUGCUAUGUCUGAUAUUUUAUAUGAAAGUGGGAACAGUAGUGAGGCCAUUGAACGCCUCAAGCAAGUCAUGACUUUGACACUCUCUUCCUUGUCUAUUAGAGUUGUUGCUGUGGAAGCUCUUGUUGGUCUCCUGAUUCAGUCUGGACAGGAUGAUGCUUCACUGAGUGUUGCUGAUGAAUUUCUGGAACUGGUUAAAGAGAGAGACCAUGAUAAUCUUCAGGAAGUGGCUGCGACAGCUAAAACGAUCAAAGGCCUUGCUGAACUUGUGAAAGGAAGUAUUGAAUCCGCCGAAUCUUUGUUUGUAGGACUUGAGAACCAUGAGAUCUGCAAAGGUAACGUUGCUCUUUCUUAUGGUGAGUACUUGCACGCCACUGGAAACUUUGAAACGGCAAAGGAGAUGUAUCAAAAGGCAAUUCAAGGAGUGAAAGACACCAAAGAAUCCAUGAGUUCUUGUAAUAUGAAUUUGAAAGCAGUUUCACUGGCAGCCACAUUUGCUCUUGGGCAGCUCGAGUCACACAUUGGAAAAUUUGGUGAUGCGGAGGAAACACUGACAAGUGCAUUGACAAGCGCUGAGGAACAUUAUGGACACAAUCAUCCCAAGGUUGGCGUGAUUUUAACUGGAGUAGCUCUCAUGUACCGAAACAAAGCAAAGCAAGAGCGCUCGAGUUCUAUCCUGAUUCAAGAGGGACUCUUUAGAAGAGCAUUGGAGCUCAUGAAAGCACCUCCACUGGAUUCAGAAGGAGGGAUAAUAAACAUGGAAACUCAGGAAGUAAUGGCUCUAGCAAGAGGAGGGUAUGCGGAGCUGCUACUGAUUCAAGAGAACAGAAAAAGCGAAGGAGAGAAGAUGAAAUCAUGGGCUGAAUCUGCAUGGAUAAACAAACGUAUCUCUCUCUCAGAGGCAUUGACCCUCUCUGAGCCAUUAGGUAAAGUAGCCAUCAUAGAUGCAAGAACCACUCGUGUCCUCUAAAGUGGUUGUGAAGAAUAUAUAAAUAAACAAGUUUUACAUUAUGAUGUGUGAGUAAUGCUCAAGAGUUUUUUACAUUUCAUAAAGAGAGGUGAUGUUGUUUGGGGAAGAACACAUAUUACAGAGGAAGAUCAAGGCCUUUCCCAAUCUCUACGCCGAUCAACUCAAGUAUUCCCUUGUUCAGAAUCUGUAAAACGAAAAUGUUUCAGUUUUUUUUGUUUUUAUAAGUUUUGUCUACAUAAUAAAAGUUGACAAAACUGA